UUUUUUCAGAUUCCUUUCUCUCUCUGGUUCAUUCGUAAUAUUGCCUUCUUCAUUUUUUGUGCGCUAUUCGUACUGCAUUACUUUUUACAUUUGGCAGAAAAAACCAGGGGCGCAAAAAGAAAAAAGAAAAAACAAAUGACGAUCUACGUCCUAAAAUAA